AUGCGCAUCCCGCCUCCUCUCCUCGCCUUCCUGACCGCCGCCCUCCUCAGCACAAACGCCCUCUCCGCCCGCCUCUCCGCAACCUCCUUCUGCAAAUGCGUCUGCUUCAACAACAGCACCAUCAUCGCGCUCAACCCACCCGAUAACAGUAAAUCCUCGCACUCGUCCCUCAAAUUCUCGCGCACCGUCCCCGCGUUGGCCCCCCGGGCGCCGGCUGACGAGAAAACCGAAGACAACCCGAAUAACGACGAGGAGGCGAAGAAAGAUGCCACACACCACCACAAACCUACCUGCGCCGACUGCAACCGCGCGUUCUGCCUCUCGCAGGGCCUCAAGAUCUGCGAGGCUGCAAAGGAGGAGGACGUGUUCGCGACGUGCUUUCAACGAGACUCUCUAAAAGACGAGCUAGUGGUGAUACUCUUCGUAGCCUGCACGGGCGGGCUCCUGGCUUGGGCGCUGGUGAAGCCGUGGGUGCAUCGCGUGCGGGCGAAGGGCGUCCCACCAGCAGUACCCUCCUCGCGGCCGCGACAAGGAAUACCCACCGUUGCAAGUGGCGGUUCUCGAAGGAGGCCGGGCUCAGGCGCGACGAGAAUACGAGACGCUGAGGAAGAGGACGAGGAGCUGCUACAGCCUACACGAUGA